CAGGAAUGAAACUCAUUUGAACGAGGUCGUUUCGUCCUUGCUGAAAUAGAAAUUGUCUUUGCAGUGCAUAAUAUUAUUUGUCUUGCCCGGAGCUCGGUCGCUGAUCGUUCUUAGAUUGAUCCUUUCCUUUAGCGGAUUCCGGAGCGAGGCGGUAGGCGCUCGCCGGCACCAGUCUGACAGAAGAAGAAAAAUUGAUUUCGUUUGCAGUCGGUUUGAAUAGGCUCUGUUUGAAGUGAAGUAACGUUAGCCAAAUCAGUCAUUGGCGAACCUGCGCGAAAUGGACUGAGGAAAAAUUACGAAGGCACUUCACGUUGAUGAACGUCUUCAACUGACGAUAGUUUAUUUGUGUCGCUGGGGCUGGGGCAAUCAUGUCGAACGCCGGUUGGCCAGAGGCGUUCGGCUUCAGCAUCGGCGGAGGCCGGCCGGCUUUGAUCACGGCAGUGCGAAAGGGCAGUGCCGGACAAAUAGCUGGCCUGCUUGUCGGAGACAUGAUAAGCGAACUGGACGAGCAAGACGUCCAGCAAUGUUCUUGCGAGGAGCUGAAAAUGCUUGCCCAUCAUAGCCGCCGCGUGCCACCCGCCCUGAACGUCAUCUCCAGAAUCAUCACCAUUGAAAUUCCACGCCGCAAGAAUACACCGCUAGGAUUUACGCUACGAGGAGAUGGCCCGCUGUAUGUGCGCAGCGUCGAGGUCAAUGGCCUGGCACGCAACGCAGGAAUGAGAUCUGGUGAUAUGCUGCUGCAAGUGGAUGGCGUUGGCGUGGAACAGAUGAUGAAGUCCACAGUGCAGCGGCUGAUCGAGGAAGGGACAUCACCUUUCCUCAGGCUAGUGCUCAUCUCCAGUGGACUUGAGCCCCUACCUAAGACAUUCAGUAUGACGAGACCAGCGGAUCGCUACGAGAAAGCAAACAUCUUCUAUGAGCAGAUGGACUUCUAUCUGAUGGGAGAGGAUGCACACAAGUCCAACCUGCGCAACGCCAUGAAGGACUAUGCCAACGACAAGAGAGUGGACAAGCUGGGAAGAUCACUGCAGCAGAUACUGACGACCAGAACCCAGCGGCGUCUCCUCAAAUACAUCCGAGACUUUGUGCCGGAGCGGAGUCAGCCUCAGUUUGAUGUCCUGGUUUCCAUGGAUUCCGACAUCAUACUCGGUGAUCGGCACCGUCGUCCGCAAUCCGUCGCUCCGUCCGGGUCCUCGCAGAGUCUCGCCGCCGGUGACCUGAGCCGAGUCUUGUCGUCAAGUAACUCGUCAUUGUCCAGGGAAAGAAGCUCGUCUGAUCCGAGACGGCAGGCUCCAAACAUGGGAGCGCGUCAAAGGAGAGUCCAAGUGCAUCGCGGUGCGCACGGUUUUGGAAUGACGUUACGUGGCAAUGCUGACCAGCCACUGUUCAUAUCGGCAGUUGAUCCAGGAGGUCCAGCCCAUGGUGCUGGCCUGCAGCCUGGUGACAAGCUGUUGGAAAUCAACGGCCUGGAUGUACGGAAAUUUGAGUACAAACGGGCGCUGGAGCUGUUAGCGGGAAGCGGCUCCAGACCGGUUCUACUCAUUUCCAGUCCUGCAAGAUCAGCUCCAGCGUCGAAUCGAGUGCGCGCGCAGAGUGUCCAUGCUGGCCAGCCACACGGGCAAAUGAGUAGAUCAUCCAGCAUUGAAUCCAGGUCUUCAUCACGACCUCACAGUGCAAUGCCCGAUACGCAGGUCCGGGAGCAGUUCCGGGAGUUCAAGAUGCAGAUGGAGAGUAUGUUGUCAAAGAGUGAUUGUGAUCGCGUGAAAGCCUUCUUGGCGCAAUAUAACAAAGACAAGAAAAUGGAAGAUCUAGUGCACAAGUUGAUAGCGUUACUCAAGAAGCAACCCCAACUGCAGCUACUCCACAAUGUCUGUCAGCUGCUUCCACAGAACAAGCAAGAAGAGUUUGACAGAACUGCAGCGGCAGCUCUGGCUAGGCUGGCUAGGGCUAUCCGAGGUGCGCGGGGAUCAGAGUCCGGGGAGAACAUGCAGGAUCUGAUGUAUCGCGUACAGGCCACACCCUCGCCAGGUGGCGCUGUGAAAACGCAUCGCUACGUUGGUGGCAACCCGUCUGCUGGAGGUGGUUCAGGCAGCAGAUCUGGACAUCCACGCAUGCAUCCUGUCCCAGGUGGUGAAGGUGAGCUGGUACGAGUUCCGGCGGGGAUGAAGCUAGUGCCGCAACAGGCUGUGAUUCUCAAGGACGGACAGAGGGUGGUUGCGGCGAGAACAGGAGCACGAACGAGAGGUCAGCCAUCGAAUCAGACUGGUGGUGGUGGCGGCAGUAGUGGUGGCAUGUUUGCAGCUGUAGCUGAUUUGGCUGAAGGUGACUACGAUUACGAUGAUGACGAACUAGAAAGCAACGGAUAUGAUCUCAACCAGCCGAAGUCUCUGGAUUCACCAAUAACUAGGCGUGUGCGUGCUGGUACCAAUACAGACUAUGACGCUCAGAUUGCUGAGGCUAAGGCUGCUGGGGAGGAGACCGCCAAAGUCAAGCUGCGCGAGCGUAGCAAGAAGCUAAACGAGAGCCAGAGCAAGAAGAUGGCAGUGAAGCGUUCGUCAUUGCUGGGGUCAAAUCUUGAGAAUCUCGCAAGUGGUACCAGCGGCCACAAAUCUCCAAGCCCGUCACCUUUAGCAGUCGGAUCGCCACCACCGCCUCCGCCGCCUCCUCCACCGUCUGCCAUGUCCGGUGGAAUACCGCCACCACCCCCUAUGGGAGCCAAUGGCAUCCCUCUGCCGCCACCACUGGGACCAGACGGUAUUCCGAUACCUCCACCGCUCAUGUUUGGGCCGGACGGUAUCCCGUUGCCCCCACCCCUGGGACCAGGAGGAAUACCCCUUCUUCCGGGGAUGGCGGCCGCGAACCAGAAGAAGCUCAAACAUCUGAAUUGGGACAAGCUUGGGAACACCAGUGUUGAAGGGACUAUCUGGGCGGAUACGGAGAUGGUUGAUCAAGGUUUGAUGGACACUCUGGAACACACGGAGGUGGAGGAGAUAUUUGCAGCACAAGAUUCAUCUAAAGCUGGACUCAAGGGCAACAAGAAGAAGGAAAGAAACCUGAUUGAUUCCAGGAAAGCGUUGAACAUCUCCAUCUUGCUCGGUCAUUUGAAGCUAUCAAACGAGGAGAUCAAACAUGCGGUGUUGCAGCUUGACACCGAGACAUUGUCUGAGCAACACUUGAGAGUUAUGAAGGACUUUGCUCCGGAUGAGAAGGAGCUGGCCUCGCUUCAAGCCUAUGCAGGGAAACUGGAUAAAUUCAGCAAGGCCGAUCAGUUUGCUUUUGAGCUAUCCACCAUUCCCAAGUACACCGAGCGCCUAAAUGCACUGCUCUUCAAGAUGCACUUCAGCUCCAAGGUGGAUGAGAUCAAGCCUGACCUGGAGGCGAUCAUCACCGCAGCACGACAGCUUCGUAACUGUGUGGGGCUCAAGGCUGUGCUCAAGAUGAUCCUGCAGAUUGGCAACACUCUCAAUCAAGGCAAUGCCAGAAUAGGGCAUGCCACCGGCUUCAAGAUCUCCUUCCUCGGCAAGCUGGAGGCAACUCGCACAACGGACAACAAGAGCAACUUGCUGCAGUUUGUGGUGAAGAAGGCUUGCGAGAAGCAGCAGGGCACUAGGUUUCUGGAGGAGCUUGACGGCUUGGCCGGUGCGGCAAGAGUAUCUAGUCAAACGUUGCGUGAAGAAGUGCAUGAGAUCAAGACACAGCUGGACAGGAUCAAGGAAGAUGUGCUGGAGACCAGCAUGAUGGCUGAGCAGCUGGACGGUGAUAGGUUCCAGGAGGUCAUGGACGACUUCCUUGUCGUGGCAACUGUCAAGAUGGACGAGCUGAAUCGGCUGUACACCACCAUGGAGAAGGAGUUCAACGAGGUCGUCAACUACUUCGGAGAGGAUCCGAAGAAGACGCGCUCCGACGAGUUCUUUGUCAUCUUCAGCGAAUUCAUACAAAACUUCCGGCGCGCGUCUAUAGAACUGGAACGGGCACGAGAAGCCGAAGAAGCACGCCAGAAGCGAGAUGAAGCCAGAGAGGAGCGGAAGCGCAUGUUGGCAGAGCGCGGCAAGACAACUUCUGCAGUUCUGCGCAGCGCACCUGAGACGGACGGUGACAUUGUUGACUUUCGCAAACGCCUGCGGCCAGCCAAGAACAGUCCGUCGACAGUGCGCGGCGAGAUCUACGGAGACGGUCGCGCCGCCGACAGUGCCGACGAUAUCGACAGCGACGGGCAGCCCGCUCCACGACUGCACAGUAUUCCACACGGCUUUGACGAUGCUGACGAUGAUGAUGAGAGCGACGCAGACCGGCAGCACAUUCGACAGCGGCAGCAGGCACCGCGACGAUCAGCUGCCGCAGCCGCAGCAGCCGCAAUGCAACAGCAACUCGCACGAAGUACGCACGAAGCCACUGACUCCGACAGCAGUAGACAACGACCGGCACCCCUUGCAAGGCAGCCACACGUCCAACACGUUUACCAGGAUGAUGAUGACAGUAGCUUUGGCGAUCAGCUGGAGCGACUACAGGACCGUGGCUACGACGCUGAGGACGACGAUGAUCUCGUCGUGCAAAGCGGAUUUGCGGACCCAUACAGCGGCGAGCAAUCGUUCUUCUGAUCAGGGGUGUGUGCCUGUGGGUUUGCAGCUGUGGGUGCGCGGGCACCCUACCACUUUGCCAUGUGUAAAAGAGUGCACAGGAACAACUGAGGGCCAUCUCGUAGGCUAGAGGCGGUUUGACUACAUUCUUCUCUGCCCAGCGGCCACACGGCAAUCCCAGAGGUGAUUAUACUUUCUGUAGCAGAAUAGUUUUAAAUAUUCUACCAAUUGUUCCCAAAUGUACAUAGGACUAUCAUAAAUUAGAUGGAGCACCUAGUUUGAGCACUAACGUUUAUAUAUUUUCAAGAAUAUUUGUUGCAUUCCGCACUUAAAAUUUGCUUCAGAUAGAUAGGUUCGACUUGACAGAACUGCGCAGAGGAAAUACGCUAUCAAAUCAUUGAUUGCUUUCAUUAGGGUGAUAUGUGGUGGCACCAUUAGAGAACCGUUGACAAUCUUCUUAGAGACAAAAUUGCUGAUAAAAUCCAACGCAAUUUGCUGGAUUUUGAUCCGCUUGUAGAAUUAGAGAAUUUGACGCCCCUGCACUAUGUAAUAAUUAUAGGAUGAAUAUGUUUUUGAUAAACUGGGUAAAUGCUACUGAGUGGCCGGCGCAUAACCAGACUAUGCUGCUGCUGCUAUCGCUGA